AUGGUCAGUUUGCCUUCCAGCGACGGACUUGCGCUCCUCACGCCUUCCGGCAGCGACGCCCCGACUCGACUUGUCAGCGUCCCCUUCGCUCUCACUGGCGAACUCGUCCGCAUCCACCUCCACCGCCACGAACCCGACUACUACAUGUCGCACGGCGACUUACUCGAGAUAGUCGAGCCGAGCGAGCGCCGCAAGGCAGAAGUGCAGGAGCUGCCGGGACGGGUCCUGAGUGCCGAGACGAAGGAGAAGUUGGAUCAGGUUCGGGCAAAGUUCGGGAACAGGGUGCAGUGCCAGUACUUUGGCGAGUGCAGCGGGUGCCAGUACCAACCGCUCGCAUACGAGGAGCAGCUCGAGAUGAAGCGCGAUCUUGUCCGCCGCGCGUUCGCCAACUUCUCGCAGCUCGACCCGUCGCUCAUCCCCGAAAUUGGACCGACUCUCGCUUCGCCUCUCCAGUACGCCUACCGAACGAAGCUUACGCCGCACUUCCAGGUUCCGCCUUCGUCGAAUCCGAAUCGGAACAAGCGGAAGAAGGGCGGAGCGGAGGUCGAGGCGCCGAAAAAGGAGUGGGAGGUGACCAUUGGGUUUGAGCAGAAGGGACGGAAGCGGAUCGUUGACAUCGAGGAGUGCGUUAUCGCAACCAAGGUCAUCAAUGAGGCGAUGGUGACUGAGCGGGCAAAAGUCAAAGAGGACAUUUCGAAGUACAAGCGUGGUGCGACCCUCCUUCUGCGCGACUCGCUUCCUCCUCGACCAGCCGACGCGACCGCCAAGCCCGCCGACUACGCUCCCUCGACGGAACCGCACGUCUGCAUCACCGACCACCACGCGACGGUCCGAGAGCAGGUUGGCACGAAUGAGUUCGAGCAACAGGCUGGCUCGUUCUUCCAGAACAACAACUCGAUCCUGCCUUCUCUGCUCGACUACGUGCGCGAAGCGAUCGGUCCGCGCAAGGAGGGCGAGGAGCGCUACCUCGUGGACGCGUACACAGGCAGCGGCUUGUUCGCCAUCUCGCUUGCGGACCAGUUCGACCAUGUCGAGGGCGUCGAGAUUGACAAGGCGAGCAUCCGGUGGGCGAAGAAGAACGCCGAGUACAACAAGGGUCCUGGACGAGGCGAGGUCGGUUUCCAAGACGGCAAGGCGGAGGAAAUCUUCAAGGACAUCACCUUUCCGCCUGAGCGCACGACCAUCGUCAUCGACCCGCCCCGAAAAGGCUGCGACGAGCUCUUCAUCUCGCAGCUCCUCGCCUUCGCGCCCCGCAACGUCGUCUACGUCUCGUGCAACCCUCGAACACAAGCGCGCGACAUCGGCAUGAUCGUCAGACAGUCGACGGCGGCAGGCAAGCCUUACCGGAUCGACAGCGCGAGGGCGGCCGACCUCUUCGCCAACACGCAUCACGCGGAGGGCGUCGCUGUCCUAAGCAGGGAGGUAUAG